AGUUUUAUUUCUAGCUAUGUUAAUACCAUCAGUCUAAACAAAUUGUCAGACAUUAUAAUAUCACCAUCAUUCAGCCAGUAUAACAUCACCAUGACGACCAUUGUGACAUCACCAUCACACAGCCAGUAUGAGCAUUAUGACAUCACUAACCAAAGUUUACUUAGAGUGUGCUGUUUCCUGCUGUGUCUCAUUCGCUUGUUGUUUGGCUACGAGCAACAAGCGAGAUGCAUUUCCAGCAUUUUUUCAUACAUUUUUUUAUUCUUUUAUUUUUAUUUUUUAUAUUCACUAAUUCAGCUACUGUUCCUACAUUAUUAUGUCUGAAAUGUGACAAGGAUUUCGAAAAAAUCAAGGAUGAAUUCAUACACUUAUUUGACAUGAAAGAUGUACUUGGAUCUUCCAAACUGGAUUUUAUUAAGCCAGCUAUAAAGAAAAUAUUUACUGCUACGUUUGAGGUAGUUAUUGCCAAGAUGGAAGAGAGGAGACUGGAUAAAAUCGGGAUAAGUGAAUUGGCCAAGGAGUUCAGGAAAACAAUGAAAUCUAUAAAAGAUACUAAAGCUAAAGGAACCGAAUUUAUCAAGGCCAUAGAAUCCAACAUCCAAGAGCUUAAACGGAAAGCCGAGAUUAUUGCUCAAACGUUUGAGCAAGAACGUUCAUGCCCCAAUCUGAAAGGUGGCUUCAAAUGUGGAGUUCUUGAGCAGAAAAUUAUUCAGUGCGGCACAUGCAAAGAGCAGACUCUGGUGUGUGUCGGGGGCUCCAAUGAGAAGAAAUGUGACGAAACUGUGUCCAACUGCCUGAUGUGUGUGUGUCGGGCAGGAGUUUGUCACCACAGAACAACUAAGCAACCGUGCCAACCUUGCACAGGCUACCAGAAGUGCCUCAAUGAGGUGUUACAUUGUAAAGAUCAGGAUCUCCGAGUUGCUGAAGGCGAAGACCUAAAGUUUGACUGCAACCUAAAGUUUCUCAACCUUGUUGAUGAAAAGUUUGAAUUUGUUUUAGAAAAGAGAGAAGAAUCGGGCGUCUCAUCCACGCAGACCGCCAACAAACCGAACUUCCUUAUAGCAAAAGCCGGCAAGGAAGUUUCAGGCCGUUACAGCUGUACGGCAAAGGCCAAGGAUGUAAUGUUUCCAAUAAGCAGAGUGGAUUUUACAGUAAAAGUUGUGAGCCCACCAGAACCUGAAUUUCUGGGCUCAUCAGUUCCAUCUCCUGCUGAAAAAUUUAAAUUUAAAGAUAUUCGGUUGGCCAAGAUAAUGGUUAUAACUGGCACUGUAACCUGCUUGGCCAUUACUGCAUCGAUAAUGACCUGCAUAUGUUUAUUAAUAAGAGAAAGCCACAAAGAAGAAGAGGCUCGUGCCCAGAAGAAACAAACGGUACUGGAAGAAGUAAAGAUCUCCAUUGAUAGUGAGAAGAGCAAGCCGGGCACUAGAGAAAAGGCAACACAAACAGAUGUCUGAGGGCAACAGCUAUUCCAUUUGUCUAUGGCUGUACCCCAACGUCAUUCUGUUACGUGUAUCGGCGCAGGUUAAAUGCCACAGAAACCUAAAGUGAUCUUAUUCUGCCCUGAAUACUUACACAGCGCUCUCUCUUUAUACCCCCUUAUUCUAACACUCAGUUGGUGAGGAAGGGCGAUCGAGGGAUGGUGGGCGGGUUGGGGGUAUAAAGAGGGAGCAGACGCUGCUGUUGUGUAUUCAGAGCUGACAGAUCAGAAGAUCUAUAGAUUGAAAGAAGAUUAUAAAAUGAGCCUGUCCCACCGCUCAUGGACAAGGAGCCAAUGGGGCAGAACCGUUGUGGACAUCGCAGAGGAGUCACAAAAAUCUUUGUUUU